CGCUUGAACCAGCCAGCUGACGGAAUCACUCUUUACCCGUACCUGCAGCGAAUUGGAUAUCCGUCGGAUGGCAUCCGUCUGCUGCUAGACUGGUGCUCCGAGUGGCGCGUAUCUGCGGAUCUGUUCUAAUUGUUUUCCGCCUCGGUUAGUCACUUGUUUUGUGAAUAAGUAAUUGAAUCGGAACUAGCUCGGCUGCAGCUUGACAAAGGAAAGUGUCUGAAGAAAACUGCAGGGUCGCCAAAGCGCCUUUGCCAGUGUCUUGGAGAUACAGGGGCGGUCUAUAAAAAGAAUACACAUACCUGAAAAUAUUCCAAUCGCGUCGCGUAACAAACAAAAGCGUAGAUAAAGCAACAACAAAGAAAAUAUUACGAAAAUCGCCACGAAAAUUAAAAAGUGCAGAUAAAUUUCGAUCGUACUAAAGCGAAGAAAGUAUCUGCUGUUUAUUUGUGUUGUACGUGUGUGUGUGUGUGGGGGUACAAACAGCUGUUGGGGCAACAAAAGCAUCAGCCGCAUCAGCAACCACAUUUCCCGAGCUGUUCUGAAAAAUCGACAAUUUGUUAUUCCUCUACCAUUUGCUUCCAGUUAUUAAUCAACACUCGCAGAAAAGCAAGUGCGCCCCAUUCUGAUAAGAACCAAAAACAGAUGAAAAACUCCCGCGUCAUGUAUUUACGGGAAAUGCUUCUACUGGCCUGUCUUUUGCUACUCUUCGGGGGACUCCCGCAUCUUACUUCCCCCACAACCACCACAACCUUAGUGGCGGCCAUGUCCAUCGCCAAUCAGGACUUGGAACGGUACUUCAGGCCAGGAAACGGCACACACACCUUCACCGGCAUGGAGGACCGUAUUGCAGUGGACGUAUACAACUACGCCUUUCUCAACUGGUCGUAUGUGGAGCACGGAAGCACGUCGUGCAGCAUGGACUUUCCCCAGGAGCAGGCGCGCUACGGAGAGGGCAAGGUGUUGAAUGUCACGGGGCGUCUGGUCCACAUCAGCGCCACGGACAACGUCAGCGACGACUACGCCUGCACACCGUACAUCCGGGGAACUCUGGGAGCCCCCACUCCGGAUAAGGAUGUAACUUGGAUAGCCUUGGUCCGUCGAGGACGCUGCACUUUCGAAGAGAAAGUUAAACAUGUCUACCAGCAGAAUGCGGCAGGCGUUAUUAUCUACAACGACAAGCAAGUAAUGCAGCUGGAGAAGAUGCAGAUCAAGGGGAAGACAAGAAACAUAGCCGCAGUGAUAACCUAUCAGAAUAUUGGCCAGGACCUUGCCAUGACUCUUGAUAGGGGCUACAAUGUGACUAUAUCGAUCAUCGAAGGACGACGGGGUGUACGCACUGUCAGCAGUUUGAAUCGAACUUCGGUGCUGUUCGUGUCUAUAUCAUUCAUCGUUUUGAUGAUAAUAUCGCUGGUUUGGCUCAUCUUCUACUAUAUUCAGAGGUUCCGCUACAUGCAGGCAAAAGAUCAACAAUCGCGCAAUCUGUGCUCUGUUACUAAAAAGGCCAUUAUGAAGAUUCCAACUAAGACGGGAAAAAUAAGCGAUGAAAAAGACUUGGACAGCGACUGCUGUGCCAUAUGCAUUGAGGCCUACAAGCCCACGGACACCAUACGGAUAUUGCCGUGCAAGCACGAGUUCCAUAAAAACUGCAUCGAUCCAUGGCUUAUCGAGCAUCGAACCUGUCCCAUGUGCAAGCUCGACGUGCUCAAAUUCUACGGAUAUGUGUUUUUAGGAAGUGAGGAAAGCAUUCUGGAAUACCAGCCAGAUCCUCCGCAGGGACUAACAAUUGUGGAGGCAGCUAACGGCUCUACUGAGCCUUCAGCCGGAGAGACUCAGACUAGGCCAAGCGCCUUGGCGGAUCUCAUUCAUAGUCGCGACUUUGUAAUCGAUUUUCCGCGGGUGUUCGUCCUCAACAGCGGAAGUGUUGUGGGAGCCCGUGAUAUGCUGUUCCCCACUCGAUUACCAGAACGCUCGCAGAGCUCCCUGUCACUGAGACAAGCCCGCGAUUGGAUGAGCCUGAUGACCAACAAGCUCGACGAGCAGCAGGGUGCGCGCCGGUUGCGUAAGGAUGAAAUGCAGCAGCAACUUCUUAGUGCGCGGGAGUCGGCUCGCCACCGCCGAUCGCGUUCUGCGGAUGGGCGCUACUCCACCGGAUGCUUUGGGGGGCGCCAGCGGCAAAACUCUGUCCAAGCCUCUGGCCAAGCUCAGCCCCAGCUCUACACCGAUAUUACCCAGCUGCGGCGCUCCAGCUCUUCGCAGGCCUUGCAGCAGUUGACGGACGCUGCCUAUGCGCAGUCACGGCAGCGGCAGCGCGAAACCUUCGACUUUGCCAGGACGAGGCGACGAUUCAUGAGGCGUGAGAGUGACGAAAUAUCCCUGCGUUCACUGCCCAGGAGGAGUGGCGCCCCUGCUCCUCCCCGACAGUUGCAUAGGGACAGAGAGGCCGACGCAGGCGGACUUAGUGACCAAAUUACCAUUCAGGUAAAUGGGGAAGGGGUCGACCUCAACGAGUGAUUAAAACUGCAUACGCUUAUUUAAUGAUUUACUUGUAUAAAAUAUAUUGCAUCUACACUUUAGAAACUGUUAAUUAAUGAUAUUAAUAUUGGCUUUUGUGAAUGUCUAAUUGAGGAGAAAUCAAUGAGAAGUAAUGUUCAUAAUAUGUAAAUGUACUCUUCGUUGAGCUUCUAAUAAAGUUUGCAACUGAUAAGCAU